UACGAACUCAAAAUCGGUGAAAAAAGAUAAAAGAAAAGACUUUGUGAGAACCCAUUAGAGGAAACUGAUUAAAACCCUCCACAGCCACUGAAAGUUUCUCUACAAAGAGGAAGACAAUGAUAAAAAAAAAAAGUUGUGCUUUGACCUUUAUGCCCCUCAUCGUUCCCAAAAACCCCUAAAUUACAAUCAUUUGGGUCAGCAAUCUGGAUCCAAAUCCACCACUCUCUCCAUUUGUCAUCCUCUGUCGAAGCUUUUUUUUUCUGCUAGUGAAGAUGAUAGCUGUGAUUGGAUUGCUUCUGGGUUUUCUAGUUUCAGCAUUGUUCUUACUUCAAGGAAAGCGAAGAUCAAACGCAGAUCAAGACAAGAAGAGAUCUAGUAAUGAGCCUGUAGAAGUCGUAAAGCCUAAAAGCUACAGCAAAAGCGAAGUCGCAGAACACAACAAAAGGAACGAUUGUUGGAUCAUAAUCAAAGAUAGAGUCUAUGAUGUCACUCCUUACGUUGAAGAGCAUCCUGGUGGUGACGCCAUUCUAGAUCAUGCUGGUGAUGAUUCUACUGAUGGCUUCUUCGGACCACAACACGCCACUCGUGUUUUUGACAUGAUCGAGGAUUUCUACAUCGGAGAACUUAGGAAGUAAGAAAGAAAAAAAGUUAGCUUUUUUUCUUAUCCUCUUGUGAUUGAAGAUUUGAGAUUGUAGAACCUUUUUGUCUUGCUAGUGUAACUCUUGUUCUUCCAUUGUAAUGCCAAAGUCUCCUCCUUUUCUCUGUUUAUUUUCAUGGCAAAUCUUGAGUUUCAACUUCAGGGUUUUUACUCA